CGUCAUGUCACUUGCAGAAAUUCUCAGCCGAUUCUGCACUUAUGGGGUGUAUUGAUUAGGGGGAUGAGAGAAAAAGAACAGGAGUCGGGUGGAAAACUAUGUUUCUUGGGGCAGAAAGAACGGUCUGUAACUUAACAUCAGUAAAACCAAGGAACUGGUUAUUGACUUUUACCACACCAAAGAAUCUCUACGCUCGGUCACUUUUCAGGGAGUAAAUGUUGGGGUGGUGCAUUGGUACAAGUACUUGGGGGUCCACAUCAACGACAGGUUGGACUGGUCUCACAACACAAAGGAACUAUAUAAAGAGACUACCUACCCUCCGGAGACUGUGUUCCUUUAAUGUGGAUAGUAACAUUUUUCACAUGUUCUACAGCUCUGAAUGCCAAUGUGAUUUUCUAAGCUGUGGUGCCAACAGAUAUUAAUUAAAAAGGCAGACUCAGUUACAGGGCCCACUCUCGAACCCCUGGAGGUAACUGUAAAGGAGGGAAUGAGUGCUAUAAACAGUGCCACACAUCCUCUCUCUGACACACUAACACUCUACUUUCAGGCAACAAAUUACUCGGCAGAAGUGUGUCAAGAAACACUACCGGGGCUCGUUCAUACUAUGCCUUUACAAUGCCAUACUGUAACUGACAUGCCAGGUCUCCUUUUUUAGCCGUUCUGGUGUAUAUUUAUUUAUUGCGCUUCUGUAAAAAGUGAGAUUUCCAAUAAUAUCUAAAACAUUAGUGAGGCUGCUUCGGGUUUAGCAUUUAAAUCCACUCUAUUUGUCCUUCAUUUGCUUUAAAAGGAGACCUCAUAGGGCACAGGACAAACGGUGAUAACCGAGCACUUCCACCUGCCAGUACGUUUACUUACAAUUCCUUAAUGAUCUCAUUUCUGGCCUGUUAGAUCUAUAAAAAUUGAUCAGUAAAAGUAUUAUAUAAUGUCAUAUUUUUAAACUACGCUGAAAAUUAGCUUUGUAAGGUUUGUAAAAACAACAGAUUUUGAAGACAGAUGUAAAACCGCUUUUGGCAUUGUGUAGGCUGCCGUGCGUAAAAUAAGGCAGGCUCUGAAAAUGCUCAGGUUUACUGUCACAUAUUUAUAGUGAAAUAAGGUGUUUAUUUCCAUGACCCGCACAGUCCGAGAGGCAUCCGUAAAAAAAAAAAUCAAUAAAUAAGUCAAUGAAAAAGACACCUUAAAUAAAACUUUGGAUUUCUAUCAAUAAAGCUCAUAAACUUGGCUCCAGGAGCGAUGAAUAAAUAAAAGAUACGAACUGUCCCUAAACCAAGCGCUGCAAAUACUAACUGAUCUGAAUUAACGCACGCAUUUAUAUAAUAUCGAUAAACGUUUGCUUAAUAUAUUGUUCAGCAUAAACACUUCAUACACGUAGGGCCCUUUAAACUACAGCUCGCUCGCUCGCACACUUCCGUACUUUAGUGCUGUGCUGCCUAGAGUAUCGCUGGGCGCAUGCGCCAGUCUACGCACACAGUCACGUUGGAAGCAUCUUGACAAAAAAAAAAACGUUUUGAAUAUUUUACGUGUUCACGAUGCUGGAGUGGUUCGGCUUUGGGUUCAACCAAUUCGGUCAGAUUACUCCUAUUGUUAACGGGAAAGAAAAAAUUCUGCUUCCACAAAAAAUACAGACGUGCAACGAGUUCACUAAAGAAGUUACUGAAAACAAAAUGAAGCCAACCAAGUCAGACGCCGAGCAGGCCGAAGCAGCAGAAACCCGAGCGAGAGACUGUGGUGGGCAGCCCGAAGCAACAGAAUCCAGAGCGACGGAAAGUAACUGGCGGGCACAAGUGAGCGAAAACCGUGGAUUGGAAAGAAGCAACCUGGAUUGUGGACCGGAUAAUACGAUUCGGGUCAGCUGGAGUCGAAGAGCUACUUUGCACAGGGCGAAACAUUCUCCGUGCGCUAAAUCUCAUGGUAGCAGUUAUUUCUAUGGUGACAAAGGACGCAUCUGUUUAUAUGGUUUUUGUUCCAGUUCAUGUGGCCAGUAUAUUUGUUUAUGUACUCCAAAACUACAUGACUGUCUUGAUGCCAUGAUUAGUGAAAAUUAUUUGGUUGUGAAGUUUAAAGACAAAAUAGAAUCGUGGAAUAUUGAAGCAGAAGAGAACAAUCCUGUAUGGAGUAUGGACAUAACCCCAUCUUUUAUGGGAGACCUUCCUCUAGCUCCAGGAGGAUAUGUGGUUGCAAAGCCCCCUUUCUAUAAAAGCAUACAUAUGCCGAUCAGUGCUAAAAAACUCUCACUUGGGGAAGAGCAUGUAGUCUUACUGAGCACUGAUGGAACAGUUUACACCUGGGGAAUGGGAAGUCAUGGACAACUAGGGCAUGGCACUCUGGAGAGCCAAUUGGAUCCUUUAGCUGUUGAGGCUCUGCAUGGCCUGAAAAUGGCAGAUGUAUCUGCAGGAAGUUGGCAUUCUGCAUGUAUAAGUGAUGGAGGAGAUAUGUACACCUGGGGAUGGAAUGAGUCUGGUCAGUUAGGACUUCCUUCCAGAUGCCUACAGAUAUGUGAUAAUCAGAGUGACUCAGAAGGAGAGGCUGACAUGACAGAUAUUGAGAGGACAGAGGGAAGUAUGCAUGAAGACGAUAGUUUAGCAAUAUUAAUUUCCAUUCAGGCUUUUCCUGCGCUCUUGGAUGUGCCUGGGGACAUUGAAUUUAUUAAGAUGAGCUGCGGAUCCAGGCACACAGCUGCUGUCACAUGUGAUGGUGACCUGUACACAUGGGGCUGGGGUAAAUAUGGCCAGCUGGGACAUGACAGCAUUCAAAGUGCCGACCAACCAAAGCGUGUGGAGUAUUUUGCUAAACAACAGUUUUACGUUCAACACGUUGUAUGUGGUGCUUGGAAUACAUUUGCUCAGGUCUCAAAGACCAGUAAUGAAAAGCAGCGCCUGGAAACCUUUUUCCCAGCAAACUAUUGACAUCAGCAAGAUGUGAUUAUCUGCUGACUAGAGUUCAAUCUCUAUUACACCUUGUCACAAACUAUAAAAACAGUUUCAGCCCCGUUGAUAGCAAACACCAUGCAACUUUAUUUAACACACAAAACACAGCUGACGUUUGUUAUUACCAAAGUGUUGCCUACAAUAGAUUUGGUUGAUGCUAAACAUGAAGUCCGAUUGAUCAUGUAUGAGUUAGGCAAGGAAAUGAACUCCAAAAAAAUCAUGUAUGGACAUUAAGUACAACAUACUGCUAUAAAGAUACUAGGUCAGCAAUCGGCCAGACAUGAACUCCACAUAUUCUAAAAGGCCCUCUUGUCCUUUGAGGUUUGCUAUCUGUGCACACUAGAAUUUAUCAUGAUUUCUUCUAUUGUCAAAUGGCCUAACUUGAUUUAAAGUGCCCUUAAUUUACAUACUUUGAAUUAGGAAAGUUUUGUAUCUUUUGCUUACACUUCAAGCAGGUUGUGGGUUUGUACUGCUGUUUAGCAACUUCAGAGUCCCGAGUUCAAAUCCCGGCUUAAUUACUGCCUGCAUGGUGCUUCACAGUCUCUUGAUAGCUUCUCUCAAUGUACCCUCCUUUCCUCUAACAUUUCAUGUGCAGGUUUGAUUGAUUGAGGACUCCAUAUUUACCCUUUUUGAGUAUGCGAGUGUCAAUGCCCCAAUCACAGUUAAUUCUUGCCUUGUUAGCCCAAAGCUGCAGGAACAGACCUGCAGGAACAGACUCGAGCCCCCAUUCCUGACUUGGAAAAUAAAUUACUUAUAUUUACAUAA